CCCCAUUAAUGACGCAAAGCAUUAAAACGUCAAAAAUAAAUGUUUUUAUUUAUUUUGCAAUUUGUUUAUAAAUUAGAACUGCAAAUAAUAAAAUAAUAUGUUAACUUACAUAAUUAUACUUUACAACGUGUAACGUACUCUAUAGAAUUUAACGCAUCAAAAAUAACCUAAAAUGAGUUCCAUACAAGAAAGGUUGCAACUAAAAAGAGUGCCUUUGGACACUUGGAAUAUUAGAGAGCAGCUAUGCCUUGCCUCUGCGGUGGUCAGGAGUGGAGAUCAGAACUGGAUGUCGGUGUCCCGGGCGUUGAAAACGGUCGGGGAGCCAAAUAGACCGCCUGACUGGUAUUCUCAAAAGAGCUGUGCAGCGCAAUACGGAGCUUUGUUAGAACAUGUCGAGACUCCUAAACGGAAGAAACGAAGCUCCGAAGGUGCAGUGGAAACUCCACAGGAGAGCAUCCUGAAGAAGCUGACGCAGGAGCGAGUGGUGGAAAUACAGAAGACAAUCGCCGAGCUGAACCAACAGUAUGACUUAUUGAAGACGGAAAUAGCCGAAGCGCGCAACCCGAACACGUCCGAGGACCGCCUUCGCGAGAUAUUCAACAAUAUCGAGGCGUCUAAACGCGCGAAGGAGCGCGAGAACGCGCGUCGCGCCGCCUGGCUGAAGGAGCGCGAGGAGCGGAGAGCGCGCGCCGACCGCGCGUGGCGCCCCGGCUCGCAGUCCAGCACGCCCACCUCGCCUGUGUCCGCUGCGCCGGUGGUGCCGCCGUCGUCGCCGCUGCUGACGUCGCUGCUCAAGUCUUCGCCGGUGGUCACCACUCCGCAGCACAUAUCACAUCCGGCUAAUGUUGUUGAAACGGUGUCGCCGUCAGUGACAGCGCCGACGUUGUCUAUGCUCCUCGAGAAGUCGUCUGUAACGACUUGCUCGCAGCACGAGAGCAAACACGCCGCCAUAGAGCAUAUCAAGAGCCAACUGCAGCAGAUUGAGCAUCAAUUGAACGCGAACGCUCCACCACCCCUCGUCCCAGCGUCAGUCCCAGCGGUGGACAUCGAUGACAUAGAGAUCAAGGCGGAAGAUGUCUAUGCCUUUAGAGAUAUAGAUAUCCACAUACCGCCCGUGGCGUUGCACAAAGGGAACAACAGGGCUGCAGAUAAGAUCUUAAAGAAAGAUGAUUCCAUGUCGACCAUACACGACGAGGGCUUGGAGCCAGCGACGGAACAGAUUCGGGAAGAGAUAAAGCAGGAAGAAGUGGUGCCGGUAGAAAUUGUAGAGGAAGAAGUCCUGAGGGAUGAAAUUGUAAGCACCCCAGAAGAGCCGAUAGUAGAAGCCGUCGAAGCCGCAGAGAAGCCUGAACAGCAUCCGGCGCCGGUCACGACGGAGCUGACGCCGGAGACGGAAGUGAGGAUCGCGUUCCCGGAAGUCAAGUUCCCGACCACGGAGAUCAAGGUCAUACAGCCGGAGGAUCAGAAGCAGGCAAAGGAAGACGUCAAGGAGCCGGAAUCGAUUCUGGUUGAGCCCGAACAAGAGGAGGAAGUGAACGUGGAGGAUAUCACACCGCCCGUCGUUGAAGAGGAGAGUGAACCGCAAACGGAAGCGCCACCGCUGCCACAACAGGAGCCAACAGAAGAAGAACCAGAAGAGGAGGUCAAGCCAGUAGCAGAGAUGAUACCACACCCAGAAGACAUUCCUUUGCCUCCAGAACCUGAGGAAAUAGAGGAGAGGGAAGAACCACCACUACCACCGGAACCGCAACCGGAAAUACCCGAAGAGGAACCGGCGGAGGCACAGCCGGAGAUUAAAGAAGAAGUAGCGGACGCGGAACAAAAGGAGAAUUACGCAGACGUUGAAGUGAAGACGGAGGAAGAUUUAAAAAAGGAUGAAGACGCAGAGGACUCAAUACCCUUAAAGCAGAUGAUAAAGGAAGAGAUAGCGCUUCAGAUAAAGGAAGAAAGGCCUCUAGAGGACGCGCACACCGAAACCGAUGAUGACACUCCUAUGGAGUUGAGUCGCGAAGAAGAAAAAGACGGCAAGAAGAAACGCGAUUAUUCGAGAAAAAAGAAAUCUGAUUCUAGAACGUGCUCGGGGUCGGAGAGCGCGGCGGAGGCGUCAGCGCCGGAGUCGCCCAGCGCCAGCGACGCCGACCGACAGCACCGGCUGUGGAAGAAGUCCGUCAUGCUCGUCUACAGCCGGCUCUGUGCCCACAAGUACGCGUCGCUCUUCCUCCGUCCGAUCAGCGAUGAGGAGGCGCCUGGCUACAGCCUGGUGGUGAAGCGGCCCAUGGACCUCUCCACCAUCAGGAGGAACAUCGACAGCGGAGUAGUCAGAACGACAGCGGAGUUCCAACGCGACGUACUGCUGAUGCUGUCCAACGCUCUCAUGUACAACAGCAGCGAGCACAGCGUCUACAACAUGGCUAAGGAAAUGCAUGAAGAGGCGCAGUGCCAGCUCGGCAUGCUGCUGGCGGCGCAGGCGCACGCCGGGCUGUGUGCCGCGCCGCCCGCGCGCCGCAAGCGCCGCCGCAACGAGCCGCACCACGCGCACGCCAAGCGACACCACUGAACACUACUGCCCGCUACCAACUAUACAGGGAAAUAUCACUUCACCCGCCGAAGAGUUUAGCAACAAUGUGCGCUCAUUAUAUAUUUUAUAUCCGUCCGGAUAGCGACCGCACACAAGGUGUUAAAACCCGCCAUAGUGGCUCACGUGAGCGUUCCGGGAUCAGCCUGUGUAUAUCCAGUUCCAACAGGCAUGAUUGUGUCGAAUGAGGGGUCAUCAUCUCUCAGUCGACAUACUAUUGGAGCCUACACUUACCAUCAGGUGUGGGGUCACUUUGCGCGUUUAAAAAAAUAUAUCAACAUGAAAAUUUUUUAUUUCAUUUUUGCAACACAAAUAAAAAUAGACCUUGUAAUAGUGAGCCAGCGAAAUGUCUAAAAAAUUUUAUAAAUAAUAGUCUUCAAAUAAUUCUCUGGAUUCAUCUGUGUGAAAAAAAA